AUGCGGUUGAAGUCCUUACAAAGCCCUUGGGGUCCCCAGGGGCCGCGCGGUCAUGCUCCACCACCUUCCCCGGCUCUGCUGCUCCGAGUUCCCCGGUGGCGCCGCCCUGGCGCCUGGGGCCGAGCGCGGCGGCCGAAGCCUUCUUCACGCUCUUUCUGGAGAGGUCAUCGGGGCUUCCCGACAGCCGCUCCUAGCCGGCGCUCGGGGUGGCGCAAGGUGGAUGGCCGGCUCCGCGGAGUUCAAGUGCGGAUCGCGGCGGGCGGGGCGGCAGGUUCCUCCUUACAGAGAAGUUGGAGGAAAGUCAGGGCGAGAACGUUGAAGCUUAGCGGCUGGGUCUGCCUUCGAGCUGGUGCUGGGUGCUCGGGGUACCCCGGGCGCUCCCAGGGCGGUGGGCGGGUGGGUGAAGGGGUCCGUUUUCGUAGGUCCUCGGCCCCGCUGGCGCGCGGCGGCACGUGCUCACCCCCUUUGUGGCUCUCGUUUUCCCCCCCUCCCCCCCGCGGGCUCGGGCUGUUCCCGGGGCCGGUCCACCCGGCCCGCGCUUCCGGCGCCGAGGCUCUGCCCGGGCAGCGGGCUCAGGUGCUGCUGCCCUGGCGGCGCGCGGCGUCUGGCCGGGCCCGGCGCGGCCCUGGGGCGGUCCCAGCCUCGGUGCUCGGCGGCGGGGACCGUCCCGUGGGUGCAGCCGCCCCACCCAGGAUCCCGCCCCGGGGCAGGAGGGAGAAGUGUCGCUGCGGGUUGGGAGAGGCGCUCCCCCCGACGGGCAGCGAGGGGCAAGCUGCGGGGGCCGGAGGGAGUGGGAGUCUGGCUCCAGGCCCAGCGCGGCUGCCAGCCGGGGGAGGGGGCGGGGCAGAUCCGGAGGUCACGCGAAAGCCGGGCGCCCUGAAUCCGGGAGACCCUCCUCUCGAGAAAUGAGCAGCUCGGAACGCCCGCGGGGGGGGUGGGCACCUCCUCCUUGCUCGACGGGGGGCCGCGCCGCCAGCCCACCUGGGCCCGCGCGGGACCCCUCCGCCAGGUUCCCGGGCCACUGCCUUGCUUUUCUUUUACUUUUCAGUCGCUUUUUUUUUUUUUUUCUCCUCCUUCCUUUUCUUACAUCUCUCUCCCCCCUCUCCCUUCUUUUGUUCUUUUUCUUUCUAAUAAUCAGAGUGAAGUGAGAACCGUCUGUCUUCACAGCACACUCAGCCCCCCCAUACCAUCACCACAUCUCUUGGUCUCUGCUGGGGUAGAGGGGGUGAGAGUCCCUCAGCCCCCCUUCUCCAACCAAGGACGAAGACCAGCCUUAAGAGGGGGCUGAGCAGGCGGCAAUCGCCACAUACCUAUGCUUACCACCGCGCGCGCCGCAGAAAUACAAUCACUAUCUUCUCCCACUGAUCUGUUGACACGUGUAGUUCCAUCCUUUUGCCUUAGAAUUUUGUCUUCUGUUGAAAUACAUCUAAAUACCCCAAGGAGUGGAAACACUUUAAAGCUUUGCCAUUGCCCUUGGUUUGGGUUGUUCAAAUCGCUUCUGGAAAGAAGCAUUUGUGCUGUGGUAUGAGGUGGAAACAGCCAGAGAAAUCUGAAAGUGGGUGCAGAGGGAUUCAGUGAAAGCCAAAACUUGGCAGGACUAGUGACAAACUGCUUGCUUCACAAUUUGGCCUGGGACCCUCCUCCUUCAACCCUCAUCCUGCUGCUUCACUGGGACUCCGGGAUAGGACUAGUUUCAAAAACUGGGAAACACUCCUGAAUUAUAUAAGAAAAUCAAAUAUGGGAAGAAAUGCCAUAAUGAGAGCUAUAUUCAUCCAGGGAGUCACAUGAUGAAAGCAGCGUUUGUGGAGAGCUAAUCAGGAUGGACUGCCGCAGAGAAGAUUUAUGCAAGAAGACAGCAGUAACACCAGAUGAGAGAAUGAAUACUGUGCAAACAAUGGAAAUAGAAACGAAGUAAUGGGUUCAAGAGCCUUAUGAAGUAAUGAAGACUUGAUUCUUAUCUAGUCCAAACCCACAUAAAAGUUAUCUAACCUCUUGAUGCUUGACAUCAUGCAGACAAAGUAUGGUUGGCUGCAUUCUUGUUAAUUUAUACAAUUACAUAUGAUCCUUCGCUAUUUGUACAUGAUACAGGUCUGGGAGUCAUUAGGGCUGUUUAUCAGGGUGGUGCUUCACCUUCUCUGCACACGGUAGGAGUACUCCAUCCUUUCCCUUGGAUGUUAGGCAUGAUAAUGUGACUUGCUUUGGAAAAUAGGAUGUGAGUAUACAUGACGUGUAUCAUUUUGGGACAGAAGUUUUUAAAAUAUAGAGUGCAAUUUGUCACUGUCUCUUCCUUUGACACAGCAACUGGCAUCAGCCUGGAUUCCAGAAUGAGGCUGAUGUGGAACAGGUUCAGCCAACCACAGGGGAAAUAUAGUGUAAGUGACAAAUAAGCUUUUGUUCCUAUAAGCCACUAAGAUUUGGGGUUAUUUGUUACUAAGGUAAAAUCUAGCUGAUGCUGACUGAUAUAACAACUAUUGUCUAACGAAUCGAUAAAACAAUAUACAGUCAAAUGUCAAAGAUAUUUAAAUAAUGGAAAGGGACCUAUUUUAUGUGGGGAGUCUUACCUUUCCAUUUCAAAUGUAUUAAACAGCAGAUUUAUCACUUGAAGUUUGAUGAUAUUCGUCAGUCUGGCCAAAAAGAGAUAAGCAUAAACAGGAAGUAAAAGUUUUUAUUAUGCAUUUGCUCAACUGUGUUGAUUCUAUAUAAGUUUUCUGUGAUCUGUAUUUUAAAGAUCAGAGUAGUUUUCCAAGGAUUUUGCAGAAAAUGGAAAGUGUGUGUGUGUGCGCAUGUGUGUGUAUCUGUGUGUCUAUGUGUGUGCACGCACGUGAGAGAGGAGAAAAUCAAAUUCCCUAUGGAAGAAUGACAAACCUGGAGUAGAAGUAAACACUUUGUGAAACCAAAACUAAUAUCCUUUAUUGGUGCAGAAAUUUAUAUCCAAGAUACUUUUCUACAAUUGGAGAAAAAGUUGAUUAAUUUUAAAAGCUGAUUAAUUAAA